CACAAACAAUGCAAUUUCAGUUGUCAAUCGUCGUUUCAAUUGGUUUGAUGUACAAUUUUUAACAAAUAGUAAAGGUAAAAGAACGUAUACCAGGAGAUUUCCAUCGUUUCACAUGGAAUCGGGUAACUUUACGUUUAAUUUCAAGAAGGAUUAAAAGAAUUAAUAACCAUUAAACGACGUCAUGUGAAGACUAGAAAGGAGUAUCAGUACUAUGAUAGGUUAUAAACUUACGUAAUAGAGAAUGAAUGUAGAAUUGUGACGUUGUAAAGAUACUUUCGUAUUUUUAUAACCGUUUCUAUCGUUGCAUGUCAUUAAAGAAUUAGGAAGUAUGGCCAAAUGCAUCGUGCCCUUAAUAUCCUUCGCACCGAAAUGAUAUCAUGGGGAAAGUGACUUAAAUUUGUUCCAUCAAUUUUUAAUAACAAAUUAAAAAUGUCAUUGGCAUCUAAGGGCCCAAGGCCAGUUUCUGGUAUGCAAGAAAUCACGGAACUAGCAAAACUCUUGCGCCAAAACGGUGACAAAGUGUUAAGUGCAAUGAGUAAGCUCACUUUGUCGACGACACUGUUGAGCAACUUAAACGAUGCAUUCUCCAUAAUAGUAGGAGAAAAUGAUUUGGAAACAUCCUUUCAAGUGUGCAACAGCUCAAAGAUAGACUUGUUCAGAGAUUUAAAGUUCCUACAUGAUUUUGUGCAAAAAACUGUAGCACUAAAAGUGACGCAUAAUGCAAACGAUGCUAAAAUUAUUGAUAUUACCAAAUUUCGCCACUUGAAGUAUUUAGAGCUGCAAAAAGUUUGUAUAGAACAUGUACGAGGAAUGCAAGCUGUCAGAAGCCAACUUGAAAAUGUUGUAUGUACUGGGGGAAGAGGUGUCAGUUCUAUUAAAUGUUUAUUGGAGGCUUGUGGAGGUGACGCUGCCUCAGGAUUUGUUUGGGGUGCUCUACAACACUUAUCUUUGACGUACAAUGCGCUUGUUAGUUUAGAUCAAUCGUUGGAACUCACACCCUGGUUACAAACAUUGGAUUUAAGUCAUAAUUCAAUAACCAAUGUAUCGGAACUAGAACAUUUACCAAAUUUAAAGAAUGUUAAUCUAGGGUACAAUAAAUUGGAAGCAGUGCCGAUUUUUAAUAAAGCGGUAUUUCACAUGUUGCAAAUAUUGAUAUUGAAAAAUAAUUAUAUUGAAUGUAUUAAUGGUCUCCAUGGACUGGAGUCUUUGACUGAAUUGGAUUUAUCGUACAACUGUUUAACUGAACAUAGAGGUUUGUGGCCAUUGGAGGGAAUGUCAUCACUGCUACGAGUAUCUCUAAAAGGAAAUCCUUUAUCAUAUCACCGCAAGCACAGAUUAUUGAGCUUAAAGCAUCUACAUCCAACUUUAUCAAAUAACAUGUUUGUUUUAGAUAAUAUGCCACUUUCCAAGACAGAAAGACAAAUAAUUGCAGAAAAUCGGACGUUUUCAAUUAAAUUAAGAUGUGCUGCAUCUAAAGAUGAUAUAAAUUCCUUAGCCGGUUCUAUUACAUCAGAUAUUACAGCUACAUCUAUGGAAGCUUCUUUUAUCCAUGACAGGUCAUCGGAGCUGACGGAAAGCGUUGAAAGGGCCAUAAAGACAAAAAGAAAAAAUGUGAAGGAGGCGGUAAUAGCAGAGAUCGAUCCUGAAAGAAAUAGUUCAGAAAUGGCCUCUAGCAUUAUUUCUAGCUCUCAAUUAGAACUGUCAAUGGAUCAUCUGGAAACUAAGAGACAAAUUCUUGCAUUAAGAGAAAAAUUUGGUGAAGAAAACUGGUUGAGCAGUCAAGCUGGAACGUAUGUCCAAGAUAUUAUGGGAUUACAACGAAUAUCAGGAGCGAUCCUAUCGUCCACCCCUAUUGUGUCAAACUCUAUUAAUACAGUCAACGAUGCACAGACUGCAUCAUUAAAUUUUCCAAGCUCACCUUCUUACUUGGAUCAAACAAAUAUAGAAUAUUCUAAGGAUGAAACUCUUGAAAAGAAAGAGGAGGAUAAGGAUGAAAAAACUUUGGAUAACAGCAUUGAAACAUGCGAAGAUAGUGAUACCCUAGUAAAUGAGAGUGUUAAUGUAACUUCGACGGUCAUUGAAAGUCCUUACGAUCCAACUGAAGAGAAUGGUGACUUAUAUUUGGUUCAAAAGAAAGUGGGCCCGGAAAGCUUUGAAGAAGUGUUUUUAGUUAUAACAUCCGAAGAUGUUAAAGAAAGAGAUUCUAUAUCUGGUAAGGUAAAGUACCGCUGGGCUACGAAUACAGUUUUGUCAUGUGUAAUGGGUAGAGGGACACCGACUACAGUUGAUAUUAUUUUUGAUACCACACGAAAAGACCGACAGAAUCGGGUGUAUAUUGUUGAACCUGACGAAGCGAAGAAAAUAGUUGCAACCUUUGGUGAGACACUAAGUGUACGACCUAUAAUAUUAAAAAUAUUCAAAUGCAUGAAGUGUUCCACUCAUUUUUCACAAGACGAAGAGAGCUUCACGGUAACAUCUGUAUCUGCAUCAGGCAUUAAGUCACCAAAAUGUCCUGCGUGUCAAAGCACCUUGGUCAUAGAAACAGAUGAAUUAUCAACACCAGAUGUGGAACAUUCACAAAAUACUGAAAGAAAAGCAAAGAGUGAACCUUUAAAGGACCCAUCCGUAUAUGUUCCUAUGGGCUCUGGUCUAAGGCAUUCUGGAUCACACUCUAGUAUAGGUGGAACAGAGGGUGGAGCUACUACCGUCACCACUUCUCUGGUGUACUCUGACUCUCGCCCACAAGCCAAUGUCUGCUGCUCGGCGACUAGUCUUGACGAAUCAAGGGAAUCGACACCAUCAACAAGUACUAUUGCAAAAAAAUACGAAAGUGACAUCGAGGUACUUAGUAAUCCGAGUCAAAGUAGCAUCGAAGUUCUGGAUGAAGGUUCAAAGCCAAAUUUGACGCCAAAUAGGAAACGCUCAUCCGAGGAAAGGCGCGUUGCUAUUGCUCCUUCUCUUUUAACCAUCCCAGACACAACUCCUGUUAUGACGGGUUUAACUGAAAGUAGUUCUUCAGGAUCCUUUACUGAUAGCGUUUGCACGACGUAUGAAAAUAAAUCGACCAGACCCUCGGAAACGAAUGAUACAUCGAAUGCUAGGAAUAAUACCGAAAACGAAACAGUCGAAGACGGUUUGAUAGAAAAAGAGACGUCCCUACUUCCUGUAACAAAUCUGACUUCAAUGUUAGGAGGCUUGCUUCAAAGUAUGAGGAUAGGGACAAUUAAACCUCCGUCGCCAAAGUCCGAAGACACCCCUGAUUUUCUAAGGAACGAAAUACAGUAUUCGUACACGGAUUAUAGUAACGUGGAUCAUCGGAUAAAGCUGCAUAUCAUUUUGAACGUCUUCGAACAGGAAAACGAAGAGCUUGUCCUAUUAUUGCGGGCUGACAUUUUGAUGCCAACUCAACCAGAAGUAUUUCCAGGAUGUUUGGUCCUGUCUACAUCCAAAGUUUAUGUACUUAGAAUCAUCGGCCCUGAAGGGGAAGAUCCACAACGUUGGCUGCACAAGGAAAUAGGUUGGACGAUGAAUAGGCUCCGAUCAUUUACUGCGUUGCCUUUUAAACAAGGAAUUUUAAUCGAAGUGCAACAACCUAAUAAACCAAAUGAAGAAACGUGUAAUACUACAUUUGUGUGUAUACUACAAGAUAUACAGCGAACAUCGAAUUUCUUUCUUUAUAUUACUGAUUUACCAUUACCCAGUAGCUGUGAGGUAGAAUUCAAUGUACCCUCUUAUUGCACAUCGCUGUUACAAAAUCAACUACAGAAGUCGAAAUAUCAUAAAGACGGGGAAAGAGUACGGCUAUUUGCUGCAUUUUCUUCGGCAAUACUUCAGCUAGAGAAUAGGAGCGUCAAGCUCAAGUCGUCUGCGUUAAUAAUUACGUCUUCUGCCUUAAUUAUAUUAGACGACAAAAUGCAAUGGCUCUUAUCAGCCAGCAAGGAAACACCAUCUGCAGUAGCAGACCAAGCAAUGAGCAAUCUAAUCGAAGUGGAGUAUAACGAUACAUCUCUCAAUUUGAAUUUCCUCGACGAGAUAGCUGGUACCGAAGAAACGUGGAUUAUCACAUUUGUUUCGACGGGAGCUGCAGAUGCUGUUAUCAGUUCCAUCCAGCCACCAUGGGAAGAAUUGUUUUCUGUACCUUUACAAAUCGCUACCAAAACCUCUGAGACUGUUCCAUAAUGAGAUAAGUAGAUGAUAUAUAAGAAUUUCGUAAUUCUAUUUAUUUGUACAUACAAGAGAAGGUUGUUAAGAGAGAACUCGACACCGACUAUAGUAAAAAUUAUCUAAUUUUAAAGUAUUUGUUUUUCACUAUGCAACGUAUUCAUCAAGAUAAAAAGAAUUUAUAAUCCUCUUUUCCCAAGAUAUAUAAUUAUGAUUAAUUACUGUCCAAUGAAUUUCGUGUUAUUCGUGAAAAAAUCAUGGCACUUUAAAAUACAAAGCUGUAUUUACCAGUGCACGUGAUAAUCUAUUGUAGUAAUUUAUAUCAUUUGCAUCUAAUUAGAUCGAUUUUUGGAUGCGAUAUUGGAUACAGAAUUUUUUGCAACCAACGUAAUAGUUAAGAUAAUUUUAAGUGUAUCCACAAAAACUGUUCAGCUUAUACACUGUUUAGUGUAUAGAAAAAUAAUCAAUAUAAUAUGGAACUGUGAUAUGAAUAUGUGCGUAAGGUUACAUGUACAUACUAACAAUAUUGUUAACUCUGGAAUCAUAAGGGCGUACAAUUGAUAUUUUCUUAUGACAUUUAAUUAUUAAUUAACAAUGGAUGUAGAUGUCUUAACCCCUUGUCUUGCAACCUUUUUGGCAGACUGACAUACAAGUCGUACUACCAGGCACAACUAUAACUCAUUGGUAUAAGACCAGGGGUUAAAAGAAUUUAAUUUAUCAUAAGGUGAAAAUACUGUUAUCGUGAUAAUGACAGAAAGCGUAUCAAUAUCAAACUCAGGUGUAAGUUUCUCAUUUUGUGCAUCCUCUAACAAAAUUGUUUACUCUAAUCAAUUUACUAAUUUUAACGAAGAUACUUAAAUUGACAACAUGACAUGGAUAUUUUGCCUAAUGAUACUAAUGUUGCGUUACCACCAAAAGCGAUUAUUACUAUUGCUUGUGCAAAAGUUUAUAACCUAUUUCGGUGCUACAAUGCGAUAAUAUUGUAACAAUGAAUAAAUAUUUCUUUACAAUA